AUGAACACUCAAAUGAUCUCAAAUUGGAGCCGGCUACUCUGUGGCCAGGCAAAGAGAGAAGCACCCUCUGUCCUCCCGCCCUCCGUAACAAAGUCCACACCUGUCAAUGAUGACGAUGAGGAGGGACAAUCUGCUGGACUGUCCUCGGGUGCUCAGAAGACGCCCAAACAAAAAAAAAUCAUAAAGGCCGAUAGCCAAUGGUUCGGCAUCCUCGUUAUGAACGACCUAAGACUAGCACCAGAUAUCGAAAUAUAUCUCGAGGGUACGAAUCCUCGCGGCUCCGCUGAAGAUUUCUUUCGCGGUUCUUUCCAAUUCUCGUUCGGUCAUAAGGAAAACGACAACCCUUUUGCAAAUCUAGACCUUCAGACUCAGAGCCAGGCAAUGGUCAGGCUAUUCCUUGUUGAGGGGAGAUUGAAAUUCGUCGACACGUUUACACGUGUUCGACGGCUGUUUGUCUGGUUGUAUUUCCAUGACUUCGUAACGACCACCUGGGGCAAGAAUGCGCGCAUCAACAAAGUAAAGGUGGAGAGCCUUAUCACAGCCCUCGGCCUUGAUGUUACAGAUUCGAACAUCAGAUACUAUAUGACCUUCUGGCAAAAUAUGAAUCAGCGAGGCAAGCAUUUGGAGGCCUUGGUUCGAGUAUUUGGGCCGGGGAGUCUGUUUUGGCUCCAGAACGAAUUGACCGAGGAUUUGUAA